AUAUCUGUGUAACUCUACAAUUGGUAGCUGUCGCAGAAUGAGUUCCAACUCUCCGAUGAGGGUCUACAUAGAGGCCCUAAACAAUACCGGAGGGCCUCUCACAAACCGAACCAGACAGAACGUCGCCUUGCAAAAUCUCUACGCCGACUUAUGGCUGAAGCAGUCCACGCCCGUUCUAGUGGUGUUUAUUUUGUCGUAUCUGUUGAUUUUCCUGCUGUGUUUGAUCGGGAACAUGAUGGUGUGCUUCGCCAUCCUGAGGAUCCCCCGCAUGCGGACCGUGACCAAUUAUUUCCUCAUGAAUCUGGCCGUCAGCGACUUACUUGUCGCAUUCUUCUGCAUACCGUUCACUCUGGUGGAUAACGUCAUUCUUGGUUGGCAGUUUGGCGACGUGAUGUGCAAGCUAACGCCAGGUGUGCAGGUGGUUUCCGUCGCAGCCUCCAUCUUCACGCUUGUUGCCGUUGCGGUAGACAGGUAACAGCUAGGCCUGGA